AUUUGGAGAAAGGACUGAGAUAAAGGGCCUAUGUAAGAGGAAGCAAUGGGUUCUUGUUGAAGCACCAGACAGCAGGAGCUGUUGGACAGAUGCUGCUGGAUGCUGACAGAGGAAAGCUGAUUCAGAAACAAGUGGCCAGAAAUGUUUGGACAUAUCGUCACUUUGGAUCUGGCAUCUGAGUGAGUGUCCCUGCUUCAUGAGGCUUUGAAUUUGAGCCCAGGCUGGUAACCUGCUUUCGGAGCCACACAGGUGGGAGGAUGUCAAGCACCGCUCCAUCAAAGAAGCCUUACCGCAAGGCACCCCCGCAGCAUCGGGAAAUCCGCCAUGAGGUACCCAUCAUCCGGGAUGACCAGGAUGGAGUGAUCUUGGCUGAACAGAGUCAGGAACCCUUGACGGAUGCGGAAAGGAUGAAGCUAUUGCAGCAUGAGAAUGAGGAGCUGCGCCGCCGGCUGACAUACGUGACUAACAAAAUGGAGGCGAUGGAGAGGGAACUGGAGUCUGGUCAGGACUACCUGGAGAUGGAGCUGGGCCAGAACCGUGAGGAGCUGGAGAAAUUCAAGGACAAAUUCCGUAGGUUGCAGAACAGCUACACUGCUUCCCAGAGAACCAACCAGGACCUGGAGGAGAAACUGCAUGCCCUGAUUAAAAAGGCAGAGAUGGACCGCAAGACACUGGACUGGGAGAUUGUAGAGCUCACUAAUAAAUUGCUUGAUGCCAAAACCACCAUCAAUAAACUGGAGGAACUCAAUGAACGCUAUCGACAGGACUGUAACCUUGCAGUACAGCUGCUGAAGUGCAACAAGUCCCACUUCAGGAACCACAAGUUUGCUGAUCUUCCUUAUGAGCUGCAGGACAUGGUCAAUAAGCAUUUGCACAGCACUCAGGAGUCAACAGGCCCUGGUCAAGAAGCAACCCACACAUUGGCUCCAUCUGAUGUUGUUCCCACCUCAGUCAUUGCCAGAGUCUUGGAGAAACCAGAAUCUCUGGUUCUGAAUUCAGCCAAGUCUAGCAGUGGCAGCUGUCCCAUGGCUGAGGAUGUCUUUGUGCACGUGGACAUGAGUGGAAUGCCUCCUGAUGCCUGCAGCAGUGCAGGACAGAUGGGGAAGGAGGGAGGAGAUGCAGGAAAACAGCAGAAUGGUGGCUGCAAGCCUCAGAGCAGUGUGGAAAGUGCGCCAGAGGAGGUGCCUGCCUUUGAGAAGCUAAGCCCCUACCCUACACCAUCACCUCCCCAUCCGAUGUACCCUGGGCGCAAAGUGAUUGAGUUCUCUGAAGACAAGGUAAGGAUCCCAAAGAACAGCCCCCUGCCCAACUGCACGUAUGCUACACGCCAGGCCAUCUCCCUCAGCCUGGUGCAGAGCGAAGAUGAGAGCUGCGACAGGCAGCGGACGCUCCCUAACAGCCCUGCCUCAGAAGGGCGCCGUUCGGCCUCCAGCUGCUCCUGUCAGCAGUCACCCAAAGCAGCCCGGCCCCACGGCUCUUCCCAGAGCAGCCCGUUCAGCAGCCCCCCCCAGAUCCCCAGCGCCUUCGCCAGCUCCGCCAGCUCCGAGGAGGACCUGCUGGCCAACUGGCAGCGCAUGUUUGUGGACAAGGCUCCCCCCACCUCGGAGCGGGUGCUGAUGAACCGCACGGCUUUCAGCCGUGACACAGCCCCCGAGCUCCAGAAGAGGUUCAGCCGCUCUAUGCAGGAGCUGGGUAGGGCAGCCUCGGUUUAUUCGGAUGGUGAGGAGUCUGCACAGAGCUGCAGCUGGACUGUGAGCCGGGACUCGAGCGUGGAGACGGACAGCACUGAGUCCAGAGCCCGCAGGAGCCAUUUCUCCUCAGAUUAUGGAACAGAUUUCUCCCAGGAUGAAGCUCAGAAGCUGUUGCAGGAAAGUGGUGGAGGUACUGCUGAGCCUGGAAGCCCCUCGCCAGAGAAGCACAAGGACUAUGUAGACCUUGGCUUGCCUGAGAGCCCAGCUGAGGAGAGAGAAAUGUUGCUCCAGGGAAGCAAGGAGAGCAACCAAGGAGGUGCCCAAGAAGAAAGUGGAGAAGGCAGGGUCAAGCCUCCCUUCAGUCGGCCGCACCGCAGCCCCAAGAGGAUGGGGGUCCACCACUUACAUCGCAAGGACAGUCUGACGCAAGCCCAGGAGCAAGGCAACCUUCUCAGCUGAGACAGGGCAAGAAGCAGCCACACGCUGCAGAGCUGUGGGAUGCCUCCACUUCUGAGGAAGGAACCCCCUUUAGUACCCUCCUCCUGGGGGGCUCUGCUCUGAAAAUUUGUAUUUAUUCUCUUCUUUUGCUACCGGGAAGAGCUGGAGUCCACCUUCCCCAGCCCCUCAGACCCACAGUACUAGCACACACCGUGUGCAGAAGCGCAUCCACUGCCCUGGCACAGUCGCAGCUCUCCACAGCCUCACACUGGUGCCUGUACCAGAGCUUGUUCUUGGUACUCCUCGUCCUGGUGCCUGUGCCUCUUAAUGUUCACAUCUUCCUUUCCCCUUCCCACUCAGGUACCUGAGGCCCUGGGUGCUCUCAUGCUGGUUGCCUGUAGCUGCUCUGCUCUCUUUCAACUUGUGCCAACAGGGCAGAGUGCCUGUGUGGUGGUGUCUGAUUCCCUGGGAGCCCCCAGGGGCUGUGAGUGGGGCACCAGGACUCUCCCAGCAGAUGGCUCUGUGCCCCUGGGGAUGUGCUGGGAUUUCUGGUGUCUCAUUUUCCUGCUGGUUUUGUUUUCCCCAGCUGCCUUCUGGGUGGAUCUCCAGAAUCUGCCUCUGCAGGUCCCCAUCGCUUGGCUCCUGCAUUGGGCUCAGCACCCAGGCCCCCCCGAGGCAGUGCACGGAUGCUGGUGCUGUGGCGUGGGGCAUGGGUGCUGUUUGCUGGGGUGGCUUGGGGAGGCACCACCUGGGCACUGGGAUCUGUGUUUGUGUGUCCCUCACACCUUCCCCCGCUCUUCGUGCUGUUGUUUUGUUUGUACGGUGCUGAUGCUUUGCUCUUGGGUGGGCUUGCUUUCUUCUUUUCAAGCCUUUGGUUUUGGGGUGUAUUGUUUUUCCCUUCUCCCCACCCUGCAUAAACAGACACAGCCGCUGGCAGCCAGUCGGAUGCCUGCAUUGAGGGUGUGUUGAGGAGGCUCACCUUGGAGCUGCACUUCCCUCUGAUCCUGGCUCCCAACCUGCAGAAACCCCUCCAGACUCAAGAACAAGGUCUUGCUCCAGGCGAUCAAGGUGUGAAGGAUGCCACUGGGCUCGGUGCAGGGCUGGCAGGGAUGUCAGUGCAGCUCCCUGUAGACACACUACCUCAUGGUUCAGCAGCAGCCCUUUGCCAGGCUCCAGGCUGGCUCUGGUGCCUCUCUGGGGCCUCCCCUUCUGGGUAGGGACUCUCUGUGUGUCUCUCCUAGUGUAGUGUGACAAUGUGUUACUUUCCAUCUCAGUCUUUUGUGCUCGGUGUCUUGUUGGGGGGGAGGGAAGGGGAGAGGUCUGUAGAUGUAGUAUUUUUUUGAGGGCUUACAAAGCCCAGGCAUUCUAUUUUAAUAUUGUCCUGUGCCCUUGUCUGUCUGGUGUUUCUUGGCUCCCCAAGGGGUGCAAGGCAGGGUAACCUGGUUCCCUGUGCUAUGCCCCCCUUGAAUCCCCUGCCUGUCUGGAUUUUGAGUUGGGUUUGUGUUGUCCUCCCACCCUACUUAUGGGGGCUCUUCACUGGGCUGUAGCCAGCAGCUCGCUCUGGGAAGGGAGCUUCUGUUCAUAGCUUAACAGCAAGAUGUGUGGCCAAGAGCUGCCUCGGGCCCUGCUCCGCUCCUGAAACCCCUGUCUCUGCAGAGGGCCUGCAGCUGGGGCCAGCCAGGGCUUCAGCUCGAGCCUGGAGGCUCCAGGGCUUGUGAAAGGGAGCUGCAGGCGCCUGUGGCGGCUCUGGUAGGUUGCAGUAUGUCCCCUGCUGCCUUGUUUCCCACCUCCAACAUUAUGGAGCUGGAUGCCACCCUCUGGCGGGGAGCUGGAACUCGGUGUUUCACUACAGUAUUUUGCUGGGUACCUGUGCAAACAGGCUGCUGCUGAGCGCAGGAGCCUCCUCUGAGCCUGCAGGGUGUUCAUCUACCCGGACCUGAAUGUGCUGGUGAGGUCCUUGCAUUUGCUUUCAUCAGCUGCUCCACUGCUGCAUUUCUUCUGUUCUUCUGCAGUGUUGCUGAGGGCUUGUACGUGCAGUGGCUGCCAGCGCCUGCCUCACGGACAUCACCUGGGCUUGGAUGCUCACCGAGUGAGCUCCUCUGCCUCCCUGAGGGGGAGGUGUUGCCCCAUCUCCCGGUGUGCUGACCCCACUCUUGCUGAAGCAGCUAGUGCUGAUGGUUCUGGGCAGAGCCAGCCUCCCUCUGCUACCUUUGGUCAAGGUAGGCUUAAAAGAGAAAUGGAGGGGUGGCCAAGGGGUGCCCAGUGCCUCAUUAGACCCUUCUUCACAGCAUUAGGCUGCUGGCAGAGGUUGAGGGGGAGCCUCAAGAGGAGCAGAGCCCUCUCCCAGCAGCCAUGGUGCCUGACCUCUGCACUCCUGCUGACCUCCAGCAGUAUUGGCUCUGGGGCCCUGAGCUGACCCAUUUUCAGUGUCCCAACUCCAGACUGUUAAUCUGUAACUAAUGUGUUUUUUUCUGACAUUUUCAAACUGAUGUAUAUUUUAAGACCAGAAAUAAACUAUUUUAAAAGUA